AUGGAUGCGUCAGAGCUUUGUAAGUGCUUCUGUUACCUGCUUUCUAAAAUCGUAUUUUCCCUUCUGCUGCAGGAUCUGAGGGAGGAAUGUAUAAAGCUGAAAAUGAGAGUUUUUGAUUUGGAACAACAGAAUCAAACAUUAAGUGUGCUUUUCCAGCAGAAAGUCAAACCAGCUUCUGACCUCCUUCUUCAGAAACUCCAUUCACGCAUCUUAGACCUCUCAUCUGGGGAUUUGCUUUCAGAAGUAGAACGAAACAGAAGCCUAAUGCAGUCUCGAACUGCUGAUGCUCAGAUUCACGAAUGCCAGCAGAAUGUGAAAUCCAGUAUACCCGUUUUGAAAUGCCAGAGUCAAUUAAAUAUGACAGGUCCUGGCCGCCUGUAUCCCCGGAGCAGCUGCAGUAGCAGUGAACUCUCCCUCUCAAGUGCUUGUAGUGAAUAUUCCAGCGGUUCCUCCUACACAUGGAAUGACAGAAAGACAUGCAGCAAAAGGUCAUCUGUGAGCUGGGAUAAAAGAAUAAGUGUUGGCUCCUCACUCCCAAGCAACCUCUCAAGUCCUGCAGAUGAUCUACCUCCAACUCGUAUCAAGGAAAACCAUAUCUUAGAAGGGCUGAAGAAAUUACAGAAGCAAAAAAUAUUACUUGAAUCACCUUCAGUAAUAUCAAAAUGGGGUUACAAAGAUUGCAUGAACUCUAAUGAAGGAAUAUAUUCCCCUGGAGUUAAAUGUGGUGGCCAUAAUGAACAGACUUACUGUAAGCCAACAGAAAUAGGAAGUAUUUGCAUUGAACAUAACAAAACUUUCUCUUAUGAUUCAGAUUCACAUGAUGAUGCAGAUGACGACUCUUCAUCCUUACUGUUGGUGCAGGAAGUACCAAGCAAAGACUGCAGGACCUAUUGUAACAAAUUAACUCACAGCAUUUCUGACAGUUUCUUUGACUGGGAUCCUAAUAGGAAACACUUGCCAGAAAGAAGUUUAUAUUUUAAUUCAAAGGAAAGACCUGAAAAAUUGACUAGUUUUGUCAGUGGAUUUCAGGCAGAAGUAAAAUCAUGCACUAGAGCAAAGCUGCCUGAGUUACAGUUAGAUCAGAGCCAUGCUAAUGUAGGCUGGAAGGACCUUAAUUUUCAGCUUUCAGAUACUGAUGACAAUGAAGUCUUGGAUGAACUGCACAUAGAAAGCAGUGAUGAGAAAAGUCCAUCGGAUUUAUUAGCAACUCCUUUUACCGAGAAGUACAUGAAGACCUCUGACAUGCUCAAAGACACAGAGAAUUCUCAGUUUGUGUCUACUGACAAAGAGGAAAAAAAGAUAUCUGCUCCCUCAGACAUUAGGCCAAAGACAAGUAAUUUCAUUAAACAACAAAAGGUUAUAAAAAAGACCUCUUCUGAAGAGUGUAUUACAGUAAUAUUUGAUGCUGAGGAUGGUGAGCCUAUUGAAUUCAGCUCACAUCAAACUGGAGUUGUCACUGUAACAAGAAAUGAAAUUUCAAUCAACCAGCCACAAACUACGUCCAGUGCAGAAUAUACUGAAUUUAUACCUCAGGGAAUAACUGAUUUGCAGACAGGAACCAAUAAUAGAAACUACAUUGCUUUAGAAAGACCUGAAGAUGAAACUGAGAAAAAGACUCUUGAAGAUAAUACAGGGAAUAAAAGCACUGUUGUCCCCACAACCUGCAAUGAAUCUUCACACUGUGGAAGAAUGAUGCUGCAAAAUAUUCCACGGCAAAAACUAGUGAAGCCAGUGUAUGAUGCAUCAUACAAGGCCAGUUCAAGCUCCACUGUGCAUUCAGGAAUCAAUCAAAAGCCAAACUUGACUAAAAUACCAAGCAGAGGUAAAUUUUCUCCACAAAAAACUGUGAUGACAGAGAAUGAGGACACAGCUGUAGCUGAAGCAGUAGGCCCUGCAGCCCUUGAAAAAUCAUUUGCUCUGCCACCUGUAAAGCUUUCAAAAUUCAAAAAGGCACAAAGCCCACCUCAUAAUUUUGACUCGAAAGUCGACUUUCAGGUUCCAAAGACUGCUGUCCACCCUCUGCCCAGCUUAAAACAUCCAGGCAGAAGCGACCGGUCAAAGUUCCCAAAGAGUCAGAAUCCAGCAACACCACUGUUGUCUCAGCACCUUAUAGAGCCCAAUGACUAUGGAGAACCUCCAACCAGAGACUUUCAUUGUGAUUUAACAACUGUAGAAGCCCAAUCACCAUCCCCACCCCUUCCUCCAGGCAGGUCAACAUCCUUGUUGAUUCGGCCUAAUUAUGCUCAUUCACCACCUGUAGUGGUAAAGCUAGGAGGAGCUGGUCCUAGUGAAACAGCAAAGAAUAUACUGAAAUCAUCACCAUCAAAAGGAACUGUGAACUCUGGCUUUCAUAAUCAAUCUAGUCGUGAAUUGCAAGCAAAAAAUAUAUCUUCUGGGGCCAAAAUUGAAUUAUCUUAUCUUCAAGAAAAUGCAGAAGCAAUUAUGCAAAAUAAGAGCAUAUCUCAGCAACCCCUUAGUGCAUGCCAAGAACUUCCCAAAGUUUCUACAAAGCAAGUCUGCCCAAAAAGCCCUAAUCAGCUGGGUCUCCACAGGAAUCGUGAAUUUCCUAACACAGAUUUUCAAACAGCCAGGUCCUUUUCUCUAGGUUUUCCGUCACUGGAAACAACUUCUUCACAAGACACAUAUUCGAGCAAAAAAGAUAUUUCUUGUGACACUGGGGUGGAUCAGCCACAAAAGAUGCCAAACAUUCUCCCUGCAACUCCUCAAUGUCAUACCACAAACACAAAUGAGCCUUCACUAUCUCAGGUAAACAAUUUCCCAUUGUCAACACUGUUUCAUGGUAGUAACACUGCGCAUGCUACCCAAAACUCUGACGAGAAAGGAAUGAAAACCCGUCUCCCUGUAGGACUGAAAUUAUUUGUCAAAUCUCCCCAACUUCUCCACAAGAGUUCUACUGUACCAGGGAAACAGGAAAAAGACAGUAUAAAUGCAGCUUCCAAAAGUAAUGUGAGUUCAAGUAAGUACAAGCAAAAUGAAUCUAUAUGUGUAACCAGUGGAAGUGCAACGGAUGCUGAAUUAAAAGACUCUAAGUCUGAUACUAAAGUAAAAAAUAAUUUUACUGUGGGACUUAGUAUGGAUUCAGCAUCGCCUCAUUCACACGAAAACUGCAACUUUGUGGUAGACAGAGUAGAUGGAUUAGAAAACAAAUUAGUUAAGAGAUCUGUUUCUUCUAAUAACAAGUCACACUUGAAGCCAGCUCUGGGCAUGAAUGGAGCGAAAGCUCGCAGUCAGAGUUUCAGCAUUCAGACAGGGGAAAAGCCAUCUGCCCCUGCAACAGAAGGUCUUGGAAAAGUACGGACUCAGAUUAUUACAAAUACUUCUGAUAGAGGAAAUUCUCUAACAAGGCAGAACUCAUCCGUGGAAGGACUUCAAAUCAAGCCCAUUCCUGGGUCAGCAGUGACUCCAGAGACUCUUUCAUAUACUCCUAAACCCACAGAAAAUUCCUAUUCUAGACAAGGUUCUCUUGGAAAUACAACUAGUUGUAAUAGCCAGCAUGGAAGCCCAAGCAAACUGCCCUUCAGAUCAUCUCCAAAACUAGACCUGUUUCACAACACUUCAAAAUGCAAUGGAAACAAACCAUUUUCUCAGGAAGAUGCACGCAGCUUGUCUGUCCAGAGUGAGAAAAGCACUGAAAGUUUUCAACAUGAAGCUCAUAGUAAAAAAAGUGUUCUACCAGCAGAACUGGAGCUAGAAGCAUCAGUUUCUGUAUCUUCCAAACAAACUUCAUCAUUUCAAAGCUCAGAUGGAAUAAAGUGUUCUCAGAAACUGGAAUCAACAAAGUCACAAAAACAGCAGUUGUGUUUACAGUUAGCAGAAGCCUCUGAGAAGGGUACCAGUAUUUUGAGUUCCCCGGCUCUGCAACCUACAAUAGAGGAAAAAGUCAUGUUAUGCAUCCAAGAAAACGUGCAAAAGGGUCAGGGACAAACUAAGUCUCCCACUGCAGAGAUUAAACAAAGGACUGGGCCCUCUAUAGCUAGUUGGUUUGGCUUUCGAAAGAGUAAGCUCCCAGCACUGAGUAGCCGGAAGACUGAUGUUCCUAAAACAAAGGUAGAAAAAAAAGAUGCAAGAAUUUCAGGAUUUGGAAUUAGGCAGGCAAAAUUAGAGAGAAGAAGAGAAAAACAGAAAACUGAACAACACUGUGAAAUAGAAAAAGAAAUUAACAGGAAAACAGGCAAUGGUGAUAUUUUAGCUGAUGUCAUGGAGAGCAAAAUUUUGAAACCUUCACAAGACACUCCUGGUGGGAUUGAGUGUGAACAAGUCAAAGGUUCCAGCACAUCUACAUUCUCACCAAAAGACAAUUUUAUGAAAGAUCUUUUAAACAGAGUUGAUAAGAAAGCAGCUCAGCAGACAGAAAGUGGAUCAAAUAAUGUUUCCUACAGGAGUGUGUCGAAGGGCAGCUCCCAGGGCUCCUCUCUUCACGGCAACUCUAUCAGCUCUCAAGGAAGCCACAAGAAAAACAGCAACACAAAAGCUGAUAUGGAAAUGCAGAAUCAGACCCUGGCUAAAGUAGUCACGGAAAACCUGCAAGAAGAAGAGGAGGACACCUUGACAAGGACUACAUGUCAGAGUCACGUGAUAGAGUCUUGCUGCCAGAUGAGGACACUGGACAGCGGGAUUGGAACUUUCCCCCUUCCUGACUCAGGGAACCGAUCUACAGGGCGACAUGUUUCUAAGCAAGAGUCAGCUCUGGAAAUAGAAGUCCUUGCACCGUCUGAGCAAGUUCUUUCAGCUCCUUCAGUAAAAGCCAAAACUCUUGAGCGAGAAGUGCCUUCAACAGCUAAGAGCCAGGAGUCUGUGGAAAGCAUAAUUAGUCACUCAACAUCUGAUCCGGCCAUGACUGCCAAAGGUAUACGACCUUUUCAAAGUCGCCUUCCAAAACCAGCUUCCUCAGGAAUAAUUAAUCUUGCAAAGCAAAGUGAACAAGAACCAAAUUCUAUGACCUCUGCAUCAUUAAAGCAUACUGAAGAAACUGUGGAAAAUAGAAAAGUUCUUCCAGAGUGGACCACCAAGAAAACUACUAAAACAAAGGACAGAGCUCUGAGAGUGUGUACUUACUCUGCAAGCAGCAGUGACACUGAACUGGAGCCAGAGUAUGAAACAAAUUAUUUUAGAACUGCAGAGGAGACUUUUGUAGAGUUAACAAAGAACAACAAACAAGCUGAGCAGAAAAAACAAAAUCAGAGAAAGUCAUUUCUGGGGAAUCCAAUGUCAAUCUUGGAUUUAUACCAACACAGUUUCUAUGGCCAUUUUGGAGAGGAUGGACCUGAACAAUUAACACAUUACAGUUUAAUUGAGCAGCUGAGUGGGGCUUCCAGUAAAGACAUCAAGGGCAAGGAGAGCCCAAGUGUGAAACAACUGAGGCUUCUUACGCUGCUGAGAGUUUUAGUAAAAAAUCAGGCAAUGGAGAAUGGCUCGGCAAGGAAGAGGAAAUUGAAGCAAACUGAAGAAGCAGAAGAAGAUUCCCAGAAUGGAUUAUCUAAAAUUUCCCUGGAGUCUCUCAAUAAAUUUAACAGCAAUAACAUACUUUUAUUAGAAAAAGAGAAGAAUUGUCUGAACAAGGUUGAAGGACAAAAGGAAGAAAAUGGGAGGAAAGAAGAAGCUUCCUUAAAUAGCUCAGGAAGGCACGAUGUGGACAAUUUAGAAUCCCUGAGCGAUUCUCUAUACGAUAGCUUCUCCUCUUGUGCCAGCCAAGGCUCAAACGAUGUCUAG